CUCCCUCUCCUCUCUCUCGACUCUCGACUCUCGAAAGAGGAAGCCAUGGUCGAGACUAGGCGGAGCUCGGCCUCCUCGAAGCGCCUCCUGUCUUCCUCCUCCUCUGCGUGUCAACCGGCCUCGAAGCGGCCUAAGGAGGAGCCCACCUCGUCGUCAAAGGGGCAGCGGCCUGUCCCCAAGGAGGAAGAGACGCCGGCAGCCGACGAUCAGCCAGCCGCCAACCUCCCUGCGGAGGCCGGUGAUGCCGAUGUGCAGGAUGAGAAGCCCGUUGAUGCGCCUGGGCAGGGCUCCCCGGUCCAAUUGCCCGCUCAAAAGCGAGCGGUUAAGGUGGAGAGGAGAAAAUUGGAAGUCCCAGCGAAGCGAGUCGUGAAAGCCAAGCAGAAGACCGCAUGGGCGAAGCUUAUAUCACAGCACUCUCAGUACCCUCAUAUUUUUCUCUCUGGUUCUCGAUUCUCUGUUGGCCAAAGCCCGAGCUGUAAUUUGUGCAUGAAGGAUCCAUCUGUCAGCAAAACUCUUUGUAGACUGAGACAUACCCAGCGUGGAGGUGCAUCAGGUGCAUUGCUUGAAGUUGUAGGAAGAAAAGGAUUUGUACAAGUAAAUGGCAAGACCUUUGAGAGAAAUUCAAAUAUUGUUAUCACUGCCGGGGACGAGGUGAUAUUUAGUCCAUCUGGGAAACAUGCUUAUAUAUAUCAGCAACUGAAGAAUGAAAAAUCAGCUACAGCAAUGUUGCAGUCUUCACUUGACAUUUCAGAAUUAAAGGGUUUUUCUGCCAAAGAGAUUCAAAUUGAGACCAGAUCUGGAGAUUCUUCAGCUGUUGCUGGAGCGUCAAUAUUGGCAUCCCUAUCUAAUAAUAUGAAGGAUCUGUCUGCUAUUCCACCAGCAUCUAAUGCUGAGAAUGCUCAGGAAGGCCUAGAAAAGCCUGUUUUGGCUUCUGUUUGUGAUGCAUCAGAAGACUGCAGUCCAGACCUUGAGAAGGGUUCUGAUAUAUUGAAGGAAACUUUUGAAAAUGAUGGGGGAGCUGUGGUUCCAAGUGAUAAUACUGAUGCUGUCACAUCUUCUGAUCUUGGUGCAAAUGAGACCAUUCAACACGAUAAUAUUGGUCCCCAUGCUCAUCUUGAUGAUGACAUCGGAAAAAAUUCUAGUAUUAAUUAUGAAAUAAGGUCAGGUAUAAGAACAUUUGCAGGAUCACCUUCUUCUGAGAUGGAUUUGACUGGCAAUGUAUUUAAAGUGAUUGAGGAUCAAAGGGAACUCCUCAAGGAUGUAGACUUACCAGCUUCCUUGCCCACUACCAGAUGCCAAGCCUUUAAAGAUGGCUUGAAACAUGGAAUACUUGAUUCAGGUGAUAUCCAAGUUUCAUUUGAAAGGUUUCCAUACUAUUUAAGUGAGAACACAAAAAAUGUUCUUAUAUCUUGUGCAUUUAUUCACCUGGAGUGUAAGGAGUUCAUAAAGUAUACUAUGGAUAUUUCAUCUGUAAACCAUCGGAUUCUAUUGUCUGGUCCAACAGGAUCUGAAAUCUAUCAAGAAACUUUGGUAAAGGCCCUUGCCAAACAUUUUGGUGUUAGAUUACUCAUAAUAGAUACUCUCCUGCUGCCCACUGGGUCGUCUUUAAAGGAUGCAGAAUUACUAAAAGAAAGUGUGAGGAUGGAGAAAUCAGCCAUCUUUUCUAAGCAUCGUGCUGCAGUGAUUGAUACUCUACAACUGAGAAAGCCAGCUUCUAGUGUGGAGGCUGAUAUUGUGGGAACAUCUACUUUGAAUUCCCAGUCUCUUCCAAAGCAAGAGACAUCAACAGCAUCAUCAAAGACCUACACAUUUAAAGAAGGAGAUAGGGUAAGAUAUGUGGGCUCAAUUCCUUCAUCAGGCUUUCCUCUUCAGGCUUCUCAAAGGGGUCCAAAUUAUGGGUAUCGUGGGAAAGUAGUUCUUGCUUUUGAAGAAAAUGGUUCCUCGAAAAUUGGAGUUAGAUUCGACAAACAAAUUCCAGAGGGUAAUGAUCUUGGAGGCCUAUGCGAGGAAGAUCAUGGAUUCUUCUGCACCGCUGAUUUACUUCGCCCGGACUUCUCUGGAGGUGAAGAUGUUGGAAGGCUUGCAGUCAAUGAGUUGCUAGAGGUUGUACUAGAAGAAAGAAAAAGUGGCCCUUUGAUUGUGUUGCUUAAAGAUAUUGAGAAAUCUAUGUCUGGAAGUACUGAUUCAUAUGCAACCUUGAAGAACAAGCUUGAAUUUAUGCCACAAGGUGUUCUUAUAAUCGGUUUACAUUCCCAGGUUGAUAACCGCAAAGAGAAGUCACACCCUGGAGGGCUUCUUUUUACAAAAUUUGGAAGCAACCAGACAGCCCUGCUUGAUUUGGCUUUCCCGGAUAACUUUGGUAGACUGCACGAAAGAAGCAAAGAAAUUCCUAAGACGAUGAAGCAGCUCUCUAGACUUUUCCCUAACAAAGUUGUGAUUCAGCUUCCACAGGAUGAAACCCAACUUUCAGAAUGGAAACAACAGUUGGAUCGUGAUGUUGAAACUCUUAAAGCCAAGUCUAACGUUCUCAGUUUACGUUCUUUUCUGAAUCGCUGUGGGUUGGACUGCAAUGAUAUUGAAACAGUAUCAAUAAAGGAUCAAGCACUUACAAAUGAAAGUGUGGAUAAGGUAGUUGGUUUUGCUCUUAGUUAUCACGUUAAGCACAGUAGAAAUGAAGCCUUGUCAAAGGAUGCAAAGCUCAUACUCUCCAAUGAAAGCCUUAAGCAUGGGUUAAGCAUGCUGCAGAGUUUCCAAAAUGAUAAUAAGAGUUUAAAGAAAUCACUCAAGGAUGUAGUCACUGAGAAUGAAUUUGAGAAAAGGCUUCUUGCCGAUGUUAUUCCGCCUAAUGACAUAGGAGUUACUUUUGAUGACAUUGGAGCCUUGGAGAAUGUGAAAGAAACACUAAAGGAAUUGGUGAUGCUUCCUCUGCAGAGGCCAGAAUUGUUUUGCAAAGGACAAUUGACUAAGCCAUGCAAAGGAAUACUGCUCUUUGGCCCCCCUGGCACAGGAAAAACGAUGCUUGCUAAAGCUGUUGCAACAGAGGCAGGUGCAAAUUUUAUCAAUAUAUCAAUGUCAAGCAUCACCUCGAAGUGGUUUGGAGAAGGAGAAAAGUACGUGAAAGCAGUAUUCACAUUGGCUAGUAAAAUUGCUCCUAGUGUUAUCUUUGUUGAUGAGGUUGACAGUAUGUUGGGCAGGAGAGAAAACCCUGGAGAGCAUGAAGCAAUGCGCAAAAUGAAAAAUGAAUUUAUGGUCAACUGGGAUGGAUUGCGAACCAAAGAUAAAGAACGUGUUUUGGUUCUUGCUGCUACCAACAGGCCCUUUGACCUCGAUGAGGCAGUUAUAAGGAGGCUUCCACGAAGAUUGAUGGUAAAUUUACCAGAUGCAUUAAACAGAGAGAAGAUUCUCAGAGUUAUAUUGUCAAAAGAAGAGUUGGCACCAGGUGUUGAUCUUGAAGUCUUUGCAAAUAUGACUGAUGGAUAUUCAGGAAGUGACUUGAAGAAUCUCUGUGUAACUGCUGCACAUUGUCCCAUUAGAGAGAUUUUGGAGAAAGAAAAGAAGGAAAAGAAUUUAGCCAUAGCAGAAGGUAGACCUUUACCCACAUUAUAUGCAAGUGAGGAUGUUCGUCCUUUGAACAUGGAAGACUUUAAAUAUGCACAUGAACAGGUGUGUGCGAGUGUGUCAUCUGAAUCUUCAAAUAUGAGUGAGCUUCAACAAUGGAAUGAGCUCUAUGGCGAAGGAGGAUCGAGGAAGAAGAAAGCAUUGAGCUAUUUCAUGUAGGAGACAUCCAUUUUGUGUAUAGCCCCUUCUCUUAAACCCCUUUGGCAAUGCUAGCUAAUCUGCCAACCAACAUAGCCAGGUUUCCUUCUCAGCCCUGUAUUUAGUUUCCAUAGGGAGGUACAUUUGUGAACUGUUAAUUUAUAUCAAGAGCAAGUUAUAUAUAUAUAUA